AGGUGAUGCUCUGUGGUUCUUUAGCGGGACUCUCAAAGUUUCUUAUCGUCGGCUUUAGCAGAACAGCUAACGCUGUAGCUGCCAGUGUUUCAGCUCUAGCUGAGCGGCUGCAGCAUGUUUGCGCAGGAAAGUCCGCUCUGAUGGUAGGAGAGAGGCUGAAGGUGUCACACACAGGCUCACAGGUUCACCUGCACAUUCACGCGGUCAGCUCGCACUCUGUGACUCGGGCAGUCGGAAGCUAAUUGCUCAUUUCUGCUGUAAAGCAGUUAGCUGGUUAGGCUAGCCUGCUAGCCCGGGGUAAACCUCAGUGAGUUUGCGCCGCUGAAACACGUUAUAAAGUCCAUUUUAGAGAUUUUUAAGCUUCUUAAAGUAUUCCACCGAACGUUUUCAGGGCGUCUAAACUAUCAGCUGCUACUAUUAGUGGAAAGAUGCUAACGAACUGGUCUGUUUGUAGGCCUGAGUGUAAGUUUUAUUCAGCGCGUGUGUGCACUGAACUCACACUGUUACCAUCGUGCGUACAGGGUCAGCCUGCUGCUGCUGCACACGCGUGUUUCACUGUGAACACAGUCCUGCUGUCUUUGUGGAGAAGCACGAGCUCCUCAUCCUCUUCAUCCCGUUCAAGCCAUCAGGCUGCGGCCGAGCUGAAAGUCUGAGCUUAUUUCACGCAGUUAGGGUUUAUUCCACGAGAAAGACUUAUUGUAAAGUUGUAUUGUUGACAUUGACAGCAGCUGUGGCUGGUCUCUGUUAUAACAACACUUUGAAUGAGGAGAAGGAUUUAGGACAGAGCACCAACAGAGGUCCAUAAACACCUGGAACACUAGUUGAUGCUUAAACAGUGUGUGCUCGUGACCGACGCUGAUGGAGACUUCGGGAGUUUGCGAGCUCGAUGUGGGGACGAGACGAAUCGUAGGUGGCAACGAUUCCCCGCCCGACCUGGACAGCCCGUCUCAGGAGGAGGUGUCUGAGUUUGGUUUGGGGCUCUCCUGCACCAAUGAGGAGAGGGGGGAGACUCCAGGCCGAGAGGACAGUCCCAGCGACCUGGUGGAGGCGGAGCUCGAUGCCGGCGGAGAUGCGAAGAACAGAGAGGACAAAGCUUUUGGGAAGGAGGUGGUUCUUCUGAUGCAGGCGCUGAACGCUCUCGCCACUCCCGAGGAGAAGCUGGCCGCUCUGUGCAAGAAAUACGCCGACCUGCUGGAGGAGAGCCGCUGCAUGCAGAAGCAGCUGAAGGCCCUGCAGAAGAAGCAGUCUCAAAUCGUGAAGGAGAAGGUGCACCUGCAGGGGGAGCACAGCAAGGCCAUCCUGGCCCGCAGCAAGCUGGAGAGUCUCUGCCGGGAGCUGCAGAGACACAACAAGACCCUGAAGGAGGAGAACGCCCAGCGGUCCAGGGAGUACGACGAGCAGCGGAAGGAGGCCAUGCUGCACUUCCAGAUGACCCUGAGCGACAUCGAGGUGCAGAUGGAGCAGCACAGCGCCCACAACACCAAGCUGAGGCAGGAGAACAUGGAGCUGGCCGAGAAGCUCAAGAAGCUCAUCGAGCAGUACGAGCUCCGAGAGGAGCACAUCGACAAAGUGUUCAAGCACAAGGAGCUGCAGCAGCAGCUGAUGGACGCCAAGCUGCAGAGAAUCACCGAGAUGAUGAAGGAAGUGGAGGAGAAGCAGCAGCGUGAGAGAGACUUUCUGCUGAAGGACGCCACCGAGUCCAGACGCAAGUGUGAGCUGAUGAAGGAGCAGGAAACCCAGCUGAAGCAGCAGCUCUCUCUGUACAUGGACAAGUUCGAGGAGUUCCAGAGCACCCUGGCUAAAAGCAACGAGGUCUUCACCACCUUCAGACAAGAGAUGGAGAAGAUGACCAAGAAGAUCAAGAAGCUGGAGAAGGAAACGACCCAGUGGAGGACCAAAUGGGAGAGUAAUAACCAGGCGCUGCUGCAGAUGGCAGAGGAGAAAACGCUGCGUGACGGUCACUUCAAGGCUCUGCAGGGGAAGCUGGAGCUGCUGGAGAGGCUGUGCAGAGCUCUGCAGAAGGAGAGGAACGACCUGAAUAACCGACUCAGCCUCCUCCAGGAGCAGGGAGACAAAGGGAGCGCCACAUCUCCUCAGGCCAAGCCGCGAGAGCCUUCGGCCGAGGAUGGAGAGGAUUCGGAGGAUUCGGCGCAGGGUGACGGGCUGGAGACGGCGGCCGUUCAGGAAGCUCUCAGACCACCUGAAACAGACCCGAUGGCGUCUCCUGGUGACAGCGAGCCUGCAGAGACGGCGAGCACGCCGCAGGACUGAGCUCACCUCGCAGCCUGCGUGGAGGUGAGGGGGCGUGGUGGGAGGGGCUUCACGCAGCUCCAGCCUAGUUCCACAACUAGCCAGAAAACCAUCUUCAGUGGAGAUGGAGCUCUUUUUUUUUUUUUAACAUAGACCUCCUCAGAUUUCUACACAGAAGCUGAAGCCGUGUCUCUUUGUGUGAUAAAUGAUUGUAUCAGAUUCUCUAAAUCGUGGCCCACGGUAACGAUCGGCACUUCUUCAUACUCCCCGUUUCUACUCGAUCUUUAUUUUCAUAGGGAACCUCCAGGCGGGCCUUCGAUUUCUCUCCUCACACGCCUGAGUAUGACUUUGAUUUGAGUCGGACACGCUGUCGAGUGUCUGAGGAAACGGGACUGGGGUCAGAGGUCAUCUGACCGACCACAGGGGCGGGAAAUGGCAGAACCUCGCAGUGUAGUUGGUUCUAAGUGUUUCCAGCAGAUUGAGUCUGUCUGCUGCAGCUGCGAUUUCAGUCAGUCUUAAAUUUUAUUAAUGAUGAAUGUGUCUGUGGAUGUCUCCUCCACCAUGAUGCAGCUCCACCUGCUGCACGUUCAGGUGAGAGGAAACUUUCAGAGGACAGUCAGCGACACUGAUCCACGGUGCAGCUCUGAUCACGUUUAAACGAAUGUUUAGAAAAAUAAUCAAAAUGAUUCAAUUUGAACUUUAUUGAAAUGUAGGAGCUUCGGUCUGAUCACACAAAUGUUUUUUGGUUUUCAUUAACAAAACUGGUGAUAACAGGAAGUGACUGUAGUUUAACGUCACGUCGUUAAUGUCACGCGGCUGCCAUCGGGACGCAGCGGGAUCGCUUUUGAACCUGCUGAUAGGCACCGAGUCGGCAUGACGACAGCCUCUGUCAAGUGUUUAAAAAAACAAAUACAAACCAUGAGUUUUGGGCGUUGUUUGCUGCCCCCCUGUGGUCAACCAGUGUCAUUUCUUCUCCUUUGAAGCCGUUCAACACGUUUCUGGGGAUCAUGCAUGUGUUUUGUGUUGAGGAGCGUGCACGUGUGAGGAAGAGUCGAAGGCCUUCGUCCUCUGAAAAGUGAUUUCAUGUAAAUUAUGUUUGGAAAUGAUGAUGGGCUCUGUGAUCUUUAUACUGGAAGAAAAGCUGAAUGUGAUUUUUCUUUUUUUAAUGAAUCUGAAUAAAAAAAGAAAUGUUGGUUUCUGUCA